UGCAGGGGUCUGACGCGGGGUGCCUGCUUUUACCACUCCCCGCGCGCACGCUCAUAAACGUUGGGCUGAUACAGGUGAGGAGGUGAAGUCUUGCGGAUCCUCACAGUCUAUAGGACCUUGUGAUUGACAGUUUACCUCACACACGUGGCAUCCUACGUGAUCGAAUUGCUCUGCGGGAUCCGUGGCGCUAUCAACAUACGCUAAUAUUUGUGCGGGAAACUAUCUUCCCAAUACAUCGAGAAGAGACCACAAAGAAAGGGGAAAAGAGAUAAGCACCGGGACCAGCGAGAUGCGCGUUUGGUCCCUCCUCUGUUUUUUCCUGACGGUGACGACUUCGACGGCCAACAAUAUCGCGUUAUUUUGGAAUCUCUACGAUGCCGUCAUCUCCGGAGGCCGGAUUCUUCAUGAUGUCGCCGACGGUGUCGGGGCCGUCUCCAAGGCCAUCAGAGCCAUCGACAGCUUCCUCGACUCCACGGCCGAAGCGCAGGUGGCGGAGGCGUUAGCAAAGGGCGAAUCUGAAGCAAAAGCAGAGGAGAAGGACGCCCCUGCUGACCCCCCUGAGGCCGCCCCUGAAGCCGAGGCUGCAGCCGCAGCCGACAGUGCCCCCGUGCCAAGCUUCAACGGCUGCGGCGCGCUGGGCUUCCACAUCCGGGACGAAUCCCUACCCGUGGCCCGGCUGACGGAGUGCUGCGGGUCCCACGACUCCUGCUACAGCGCCUCCUGCAGAGCCAACAAGCGCGACUGCGACGGGAAAUUACGCUCAUGCUUGUUCUCUGUGUGCGACGACCGCAGCAUGGAGCGCGGGCAGCAGAAGGCGUGCAGGGGCGCCGCCAAGCUGCUCUUCUCCGGCACCAUGGCUCUGUCCUUCCAGCAGUACAAUAACGCACAAGAGAAACUCACGUGCAAGAAUGUCUCACGAGAUACGAGAAAGCCUCAAAAGGGAAGCAGGAGGCGGUGAGGGGCGCUCUUCACAGAGCACACGAGCGUCUGACCGAUUACAAGGAGCCCUGUCUGACUCCCCCCCCACUCCUUCUCUCAUCUUCCCCUGGAUCCUACCUCAAAGGCGUCUGCGUUUUCGCCAGUCACCCGUGAUAUACGCAAGGUCUAGAUAAUGUUUUUCUUUACAUAGACCUUGGGCAUCCAACCACCGACAGACUGCUUCAACGUGGCCAGAAAUGCAGGACAAGUUAAGGAAUUUACCUCCCAGGUGAACGCCUCACUCUGGACUGAGUGGCUACUGCGGGGAAGUUUUUCCGAGGUCUCCAUUGGCAAGAUUUUCUCGGGUGUCGUGAGAAACUCCUUAAGUGACUUCCCCGAGAUGGUACAAACCUUUCAUCACGAGAUUCUCCUUUCUUCAACCCGAGACCAGCCUUGCCUCAUACCGUUUGAUGCUCAUUUAUUUAUUCAUCUAUCUAUUUGUCUAUUCAUAUUUAUUUAUUUAUUCAUUCAUUCAUUUAUUAUACGUUAGGCAUGUUCGAGUUGGUAUAAAGUGCUUGUGAUCCUCAGGGACUUUCUGUGUUUGUACUCUUUUCAUUAGGUCUUGACUAUCUUGAUGAUAUGAUAACCGAUAGGACUAAAAGUUAUUCUAAAUUACUUUAUAUUUGUAAUGAGUUUAAUUUUUUUUGUCUUUAUCCUUUGCCAAAUAUCCUCGCUGCACCAAAUAUCUCGUGUCGUAUUCGCAUUUUUGUUAGUGAAAUCAAAUGACAAAUCAAGUUCCUAUGGUGGAUAAUAUAUACCAGCUAUUAUCGAUAUUUUGCACAGAGAUUAGGUAGAUGGUAUAUAUAGUACGAAUAUAUGUUGACCAGUAUUAGGAAACAUUUAACAAGCUUGCUUUUAUAUUGACUAUUUAUUAUGGAUCGCGUUUAAUUUAUGUCUUCGAAAAUUGCUCAGUGAGUCGAAACAUGUAGAAUUAUAUGUGAUAAUAAAGUUGAUAAUUCAA